UUCUAUUGUAGACCCCGCAUUAGUGGAACGCAGUCUGAGUGAAGAGUGAAGGGGUGAAGUAAGGUUACGAAAUUUGGAAUCAUGUCGAAAAAGGUAUACGAUUUAACACCAGAACAACGUGAACUCGCGUUGUGGAGAGAUGCGAAACGGAAGCAAUUACGCGAAUUGUAUCUAAGAGAUUCAGGACACCCGACCAAAAGUCUUCUCUUUGAUACAGGAAUAUAUAGAUUCGCUGCUGCAAAAACAUCGUUGGACAUAUACUUUGUACCUUCAUUAAGACGAUACUUGUCGCAAGUUGGAGUGGUUGCAUCUCUUAUUGUUGUAACUGCAUUGGCAUUAAAAAAAGACAGGGAUAAACGAGAACAUUUGUAUCGUACUGGGCAAAUUGAUUAUGCAAGCAGAUCACAUAGAUUCUGUUAGAUGAUUAUUUUAAUAAAGUACAUGCAGUUGAUGUGUUUAACUUAACAUUAGAUUGUAUAAAAUAAACUUAUAAGAAGAAACAUAUACAUAUAUAUUAAUGU